CCCAGCGUCCUCUCACGGCUGCUGCCGCUGCUGGGGCUGCUGCUUGGCGGCGCCUCCCGGGCUCCCGGCAAGUCGCCUCCGGAGCCCCCCAGCCCGCAGGAGGUCCUGAUCAAGGUGCAGGUAUAUGUAAGCGGGGAGCUGGUGCCUCUGGCCCGAGCCUCAGUGGACGUGUUUGGGAACCGGACCCUGCUGGCCGCUGGCACCACGGACUCAGAGGGCGUGGCCACACUGCCCCUCAGUUACCGCCUGGGUACCUGGGUGCUGGUCACUGCUGCCCGCCCUGGCUUCCUCACCAACUCGGUGCCCUGGCGUGUUGACAAGCUGCCCUUGUAUGCGUCUGUCAGCCUCUACUUGCUCCCCGAGCGGCCAGCCACCCUCAUCCUCUAUGAGGACCUUGUGCACAUCCUCUUGGGCUCUCCGGGUGCCCGCUCCCAGCCCUGGGUGCAGUUCCAGCGCCCGGCCGCCCGCCUGCCUAUCAGCUCCACCUACAGCCAGCUCUGGGCCUCCCUUACACCUGCCAGCACCCAGCAGGAAAUGCGGGCUUUCCCUACCUUCCUGGGCACCGAGGCCUCCAACUCAGGCAAUGGCUCCUGGCUGGAGCUGAUGCCAUUGACUGCUGUAAGCGUGCACCUGCUGACAGGCAAUGGGACCGAGGUGCCGCUCUCGGGCCCCAUUCACCUGACCCUGCCUAUGCCCUCAGAGCCUCGUGCCCUUGCUGUGGGCACCAGCAUUCCAGCCUGGAGGUUUGACCCCAAGAGUGGGCUGUGGGUACGCAAUGGUACCGGUGUGAUCCGGAAGGAAGGCCGGCAGCUCUACUGGACCUUCGUCUCCUCCCAGCUGGGGUACUGGGCAGCUGCCAUGGCCUCCCCCAUGGCUGGGCUGGUCACCAUCACGUCAGGCAUCCAGGACAUCAGCACCUACCACACCAUCUUCCUGCUCACCAUCCUGGCAGCCCUGGCCUUGCUGGUGCUCAUUCUGCUGUGUCUACUCAUCUACUACUGCCGGAGGCGCUGCUUGAAGCCGAGGCAGCAGCACCGCAAGCUGCAGCUCACUGGGCCCUCUGACAGUAACAAACGAGACCAGGCCACCUCGAUGUCCCAGCUCCACCUCAUCUGUGGGGGGCCUCUGGAGCCCGCCUCGUCAGGGGAUCCUGAGGCUCCGCCUCCAGGCCCACUCCACUCGGCUUUCUCCAGCUCCCGGGACUUGGCCACUUCCCGGGACGACUUCUUCCGCGCCAAGCCGCGCCCUACCAGCCGCCCGGCCGCGGAGCCUUCGGGUGCACGCGGGGGAGAUGGCGUCGGGCUCAAGGGCGCCCGCUCUCUGGAGGGCCCCGGAGGGCUGGAGCCGAGUCUCGAGGAGUACCGGCGGGGGCCCUCGGGGGCCUCGGCGUUCCUGCACGAGCCGCCCUCACCGCCGCCGCCCUUCGACCACUACCUGGGCCACAAGGGGGCGGCCGAGAGCAAGACCCCCGACUUUCUGCUGUCGCAGUCAGUGGACCAGCUGGCGCGGCCGCCGUCGCUCAGCCAGGCUGGGCAGCUCAUCUUCUGCGGCUCCAUAGACCACCUCAAGGACAGUGUCUACCGCAACGUCAUGCCCACUCUGGUGAUCCCCGCGCACUACGUGCGCCUCGGUGGCGAGGCGGGCGUCGCGGGAGCUGGCGAUGAGCCAACCCCGCUCGAGGUCCCGGCCCCAGGCCCAGCGCGCUCUUUUCCCCAGCCCGACUCCCAGCGCCCCCUGAUGCAGGGCCACUCGGGCGCGGGGGGCGAGGGCGGCGACACCGAGCCGAGCAGCAGCGAGAGCCGCACGGGCCUCUGUUCCCCGGAGGACAACUCGCUGACGCCGCUGCUGGACGAGGUGGCUGCUCCCGAGGGCCGGGCAGCCACGGUGCCCCGGGGGCGGGGCCGCAGCCGCGGGGACAGUUCCCGUAGCAGCGCCAGCGAGCUGCGGCGCGACUCUCUCACCAGCCCCGAGGACGAGCUGGGGGCAGAGGUGGGCGACGAGGUGGGCGACAAGAAGAGCCCAUGGCAACGGCGGGAGGAGCGGCCGCUUAUGGUGUUCAACGUCAAGUAG